UAUAAUCCUUCUUUUAGUAAUCUUUGAACCUAUUUAUCGCUCCCCAGGGUAUAAAAAUAUUCAAAUUGACUCGUUUCAAGUCAUUUAUUAUCAAGCAUCACAAAGAUGACCAGUUGCUGGAGGUUCUGUUCGCGAUUCUUUGACAAGCCUAUGAAAACCUUGGCUGCAAUGGUCGCUGUUGUGCUACUAACUGGACUUUACUUUCAGCAGAAAAACUUCAUCAAAUUCAAAGAGAGCGAAACGAGUUUCAGACCAACAACGACAAUCAGCACACAGCAAACAACUGAGAAAACGACGCAAAACAAGAUUUGCGAAAUAAGUUUUGACUAUGGAGAAAUGUGCCCCGAUUUGUACACUGGAUUAGGAGGUUUCUGCAACAAAAAAGACAAACUUUAUUGUCCUGAUAUUCGUAGAAAAAUUAAAACAAAUUUAAGAGCUUCACAGUUAGUGCUGACACGAAUGCUUAAAAUCUUUGAUAUCAUUGCUCGGGAACACAAUAUCACAUACUGGAUAACAUCCGGGACAUUACUUGGAGCCGCAAGGCAUCAUGGGUUUAUACCGUGGGACGAGGACGCGGAUAUUCAAAUGCCACUUAAGGAAUACAUCAAACUUUUCAAAUGCUGCAAAAAAGAGUUCCCAAGUGGUAUUUUUUUCCAGAACUCCAAGACAGAUCCUCAUUUGAAACCCUCAAACGGUCAAUCCAAUGUAACGAGGCAUCCAUUGAUUGGUCUGUACAAGACGCCUUGGAAUCCACGUUUGCGUGAUACUCUAAGCUGUACUCGGUACUGUCUUGAAAAUAACUGUAAGUGGGAAGAUGGGCUUAUGAUUGACAUGUUCAUCGCUGAGGACACAUUGACGUCCGAACAAAGAGCUGGCGUGUUUCCUCUUCAAAAAAUGACUUUUGAAGGUUUUGUGUUUCCUGUUCCCAAUAACUGGGAAGAAAUAUUACACGACUUUUAUGGAGAUUAUGAAAAUGAAUUUGGCGAAGAAGACUCGAGAGUACCACAAGACAACUCGGAUCCAUUUCACAGUUGUAGAGUUUUGAAAAGACGAAUAAUGAAAAAAAGACUGAUGAAGGAACGCGAGCAUCGAAAAGCGAAGAGAAGAAMAAUAAGAGGACUUGCUUGAUGAGGAUGCUCGUCAAAUUUGUGGGAUAUUUGGUGAGAUGGCUAUAGUCAWUUASYUUGACUGGCAUUUUUUAAAAGUUACUAGGUAAAUUGAUUUGUUAUAAUUGAAAGGUUGGAUGAUCAAUUGCUCAGUUAAGACGUUUCCUUCCCAUUUAAUAGUAGACAAUUUAAGAAUAGGGGUUUAGUUGUUAAUUUUUUUUAUAGAAUAUCUAU